AACAUUUAACCCUUAAAACACUUUAUGAGGCCUUUUCAAGGGCCCAGCGAGCUGCCGGGCGCCUUUCGCGACAGGCGGGGCGCGGCCGCGCUUUACGGCGGGCCGUUGCCGCGGUAACGCCGCGUUGGCCGGGAGGCGGCGGCGGCCGCGGUGCCUCCAUCCCGGCGCUGCGCCCGCAUCCCGGCCCCGUGCCCGCAUCCCGGGCCGGGCCCUCCGCCGCCGCCAUGGACAAGUACCAGGUGCUGGGGCUGGUGGGGGAAGGCAGCUACGGCAUGGUGACCAAGUGCAGGCACAGGGAGAGCGGGCAGAUCGUGGCCGUCAAGAAGUUCCUGGAGAGCGACGACGACGCGGCGGUGAGGAAAAUCGCCCUGAGGGAAAUCAAGCUGCUCAAGCAACUGAGGCACGAGAAUCUGGUGAACCUGUUGGAUGUGUGCAAGAGGAAGAAGCGGUGGUACCUGGUGUUUGAGUUUGUGGAUCACACGGUGCUCAAUGACCUCGAGGACUCUCCCAGUGGACUGGACUGCGACAGGGUUCGGAGAUACUUAUUCCAGAUCCUGAGAGCAAUUGCCUUUUGUCACAGCCACAACAUCAUCCAUCGGGAUAUUAAGCCAGAGAACAUACUGGUUUCCCAGUCAGGAGUUGUGAAACUCUGCGACUUCGGGUUUGCCCGGCCCUUGGCGACUUCCGGGGAAGUUUACACGGACUACGUGGCGACCCGCUGGUACAGAGCCCCGGAGCUGCUGGUGGGGGACAGCAAAUACGGCAGGCCUGUGGACGUGUGGGCUGUCGGCGCCCUGAUCACAGAAAUGCUUACGGGAGAGGCCCUUUUCCCUGGAGACUCAGACAUUGACCAGCUCUACCAUAUCACCAAGUGCCUGGGUAACUUGAUCCCAAGGCAACAGGAGUUAUUCUAUAAAAACCCCCUCUUUGCUGGCAUGAAGUUGCCCGAGGUGAAGGAGCUGGAAUCCCUGGAGAAACGCUAUCCCAAGCUCCCUCGUGACGCGCUGGAUUUAGCCAAGGAGUGCUUGCAGAUUGACCCAGACAAGAGACCAUCCUGUGCCGAACUCCUGCAGGGUGAUUUCUUCAACAAGGACGGCUUUGCUGAAAGAUUUACUCAGGAGCUUAAACAAAUGAUCCAGAAAGAUGCCAGAGACCAUCAGUUCCAAAAAAAAUCUAAAAUCAGUAAAAAGGAUGUUUUAGAAGAAAGAAAAAUCAUCAGCGUCCAGGAUUUCAGCAUGGGCCCAAGGAGCAAAGAUGGGAAGCAGAUAAAGAGCAAGCCCUCUAAAGCUGAUGCAGAGAAAGCAGACCGAUCCUCCAAGCUGAGCUUCCUCUAUGACAACACAAUCUACCCAUUUAAAUUCAGCCCUCAGACCAACCUGAAAGAUUCCAGCAGCAGCCUGGACUAUGCCAAGAGCCUGGGCACAUUUAUCCCUCCCAUCAGCCAGAACUUCUCUCCUACAUUUGGGACGGGGUCUGGCCCUGGGAGCUUGAAUUACAGACUUGAUGAAAAGAGUAAAAAAUACUUGAACCCCUUGCUAAAGGCACGCAAGCCUUCUCCAGUGGGGCGUUGCAAUGUCAACUUGACACCGGUUACCAAUGAAAAACCCAUCCUCCAGGCAAGUAAGAAAAAAUGGGAAUUACCCAAGACAGAUGUGCGUUUGCCAGAACUAAAUCAUCUCCCCGAGCUGAGGGGAGCGGAAGCUCGGCAUCUCAGAUUUCUGAAGAAGGAAAAUAGAACGUUAGCAGAGUCCCAAGUCCCCUCCCUCGCCGUUAUCGACCUUCCUAACUCAAGUCUGCCUUCACAGCAGCUGUCAGGGACCUUGAUGCCGGAUGCAUCAGAAGCCAACUUGCCCAGGGUCGAGCAGUAGCCCUGGGGAGAUGGUCACACCUGCCUGUAAAAGGUGACUGAACAGUGGGAACAAUCCAUCUGAGUUUCCAGGGGCUAAAGCUGCCAGGUGUCUGCAGGGGAGAGGAGGAUCCCUUACUCCUGUUGGUGCAGCAGACUGCCACGGAAGUGGCUCGGGUCCAGGCCAAGGAUGGAGCUUGCACUGCCAUUGCUGCUGGAUUUCUUGCAUGCAAAAAGCCCCUGGAACUUGCUGACUUGCUGGCUUAGGGCCAGGUCUUGUCUGAGAAGGGUAGUGGUCAUUGGUGUGUGACAAGGGCAGGAGCUGCUUUGGAGGACUCUGAAGGAAGCUGGGCUUUCUUUUGUCCAGCUGCUGCCUGCCUGAGGGGUUUGUUUUUCACCAAAUCGUGACGAAAGCAGCUGUCAAAACUCUCUUAUUUCAGUGGGCUGGCUGAUCUGGAUUGAAAAGCACCUUUGCCUUGACAGUGAAGAAAACAUCUGUGCAAGAAAUACAAUAUCUAAAUGUGCAGAUCUGCAGCUGUUCCUUUGAAACCCUCGCUAAUGCACUCGUCACUUUGGUUUAGGUUCCUUUUCCCUCCGCAUUUUGGACCCCACGUUCAGGCAGCUGUCUUUGGGGUGUUUGCCCUGGGUGUGUUGUCUGGCUGUUGUUGAUGGUGAAGGAAGGACUACAUCCCUGUGGAAUACCGAGCUGUGACGCAGGUGGCACGUGGAAUGUCUGAGUAACUCAAGUCGUUGUUCCUUUAGGUCCCUUAAAAGAAUGGGACAGUAAAACGUGACUGUUUGGAAACAGUUUUUGCUUACUUGCCCUUAGUUUGUCUGUGGCCAGUUUUGGGCUGUCCCUGUCUUGCUCACAUUUUUCCAUCACCUGUCACAACUCACGUGGUGUUGUUAACUUUGGAACUUAUUUUUCCACAAAAUACUGCCUUUCCCAUCGAUGGAUCACGAUAGAAUGUGGUCUGAACUCAUUGUCUUUAGGGAUUUGUCUCUGUGCUGUCUCUUGAUGUGUACAUUUCAUUUGUAAAUAAAAAGAUCUUCCAACUCCA